AUGUCGCCCAGCAUGCCACUUUUCCCAGUCUCUCCAGAGCGACUGACCGGCACAAAACCUCCAUAUGGUGACCCAGUGGUGCUCUCGCCUACAGCUGCACGAUCUGGCUCACGCUCUGGAUCACCACUACGCGAAGGCUCCCCUCUACGAUCAUCGCAUCGACGAACUGAUUCCGAUGUAUCAGUCCACGGACUGGCCGCCAUGUUCGAGACUCUCGAGGUUAAGGACCCCAGAGAAGCUCGGGACAGGUACAUGGCAUUACUCGUGAAGGAAAAGGCCAAGUUCGACAAGAUCGAGAAAGAGUACACCAUGUCUUCGAGCCGGAAGGAGGUGCGCAUCGAAGAGCUGAAGAACGAGCUGAAAGCGGCAAAGGAAGAGCUGGACUUGGCCGUCUCCAGAGACGCGUAUGAGAAAGAGCGCAAAGCACACAAGGCCAAUGUCGCCAAGUGGGAGAAGGUUUUCAAGGAGCGUGAAGACGCAUGGAAAGUGUCGAACGCUAAGCUGAGCGAACUUGACUACAACAACAAGCACCUCGAGGCUAAGAACCGUGAAUACAAGAAGCGAUACGUGGAAAAGGACAAGGAGCUUCUGAGGAAGUCAGGUCAGGUGCCAACGCUCCAAGCUAAGAUCCAGGGGCUAGAGCGCAACAUCAAGCGGGCCGAGUCUGAUGUCAAGUUCAAGACUGAGGAGGCAGCGAAGUACCAGAGCCAGCUUUACAGUCUGGAGGUCGAGCUGGAGGGCGUCACAGCACGUCUCGGAGAGGAGAUCUUGACACUAAAGGACCGUCUGAAGCUGGUAGAGAGCGAGCGUGAUGCGCUCAAGACGAGUUUGAAGGAGGAGGAGGUUCUGCGCAUUGCAACUGAAGGACAACUUGCGCUGCCUGCGGCCACCAACGACGAGGAAGACGAAUUCGUGUCGCCUGUUCGCUCUCCACGCAAGCCCCGCAACAUCCAGUGCGACGACGAAGACAAGGAAAACCAGUCGCCGAGGAAGUCUGCAGUUGACCUUCGCUUCCUGCAGCAGGAGCUGGCAGCUGAGAGACGCUACCGUGCGCGUGCUGAAGAUCAGAUCGAGUUCAUGAAGAUGGAGUGUCAGUUCCAGUGCUGCUCUUGUCGCAUUGCCGAGAACAAGAGCAAGGCUUAUGUCCACGACAACAGCUACGCAGCGCAAAUGGAGGCCAUCAAAGCUUCCGUGCCUGCUCUAACUCCUCCAGCGAGUGACAAUGGUGACGACGCAAUGGAAGUUGUCAAGGACGAGCCGGCCAAUGGCAAGCGACCUUUUACACCACCGCCAGAGGAGCAAACUCCCGAGACGACAGUCGUAGUUCACCAGCAAGACGACGAGCCAGAAACAGCUAUUGCCUUCUCACCUACAACCGGCACAUUCAAGUCUGUUCCUUCACCACUUAAGGCUCAGCCAGAAUGCUCUCUUCCUCGUCAGUCCGCUAGAGAAUCAACACACUCGACCAUGCGCUACUCAGAUGCUCGCAGCGAGCUUGCCCCCUUGGAGGCAGCGUUCGAGUACGAGCCUCAGUCAGCCGUGUCCCAGGGCGGUGUCGAAGAGGAGAGCAAGAGCACAGACAUUGCUAUCCACGAAGACGAUAGUGACGAGGAGAUGGAGCCUCCCACACCAGUCGCCCCGGGACCUGGCACACCCUACGUCACAAAGACGACCACAACCACCAUCCCGAUUGCAUUCUCACCAGCAACGCCAGCGCCGCGACCUGGCAGGCAGCUGAUGAGCCCUUUCACAGUCGGUCACGGAGUGGCCAAUGAAUGCACCCCGGUCCUCGGCGAGUUGCAACUGAACAACGUGCCCUUCGAUCGUGAAGCUGCACUCCAGGCCAUUCGCGAGCGACGGGGUAGGGCCCGAAGCAUGGCUGAAGGCCACGGAACGCCGAUGAAGCAGAUGCUUGAUGGCGUGAAGGAGAGGCGAGACAUCAGUGCACCAGUCUCUAGAAUCGGCCGGAGAUAG